CAUCUGCCCCCAUUUGCUGGGCAGGGAAUAUGCCUUCUGUCUGGACUGCUACCUAUCAAACAAGUAGAAACAAAGAAGGCCAUAGAAGAGGGUACCCUAGAGGAGAUCGAAGAGGAGGUGCGUCAGAAGAAAUCCUCCCGCAAGCGCAAGAGAGACGUGGAUGUCAGUUCCUCAACCCCAACCACCAGCACUCGUAGCCGGGACAAAGACGAUGACAGCAAAAAGCAGAAAAAGCGAGGCCGGCCCCCUGCUGAGAAGCUCUCUCCAAAUCCACCCAACCUCACUAAGAAAAUGAAGAAGAUUGUGGAUGCUGUGAUUAAGUAUAAAGACAGCAGCAGUGGACGUCAGCUUAGUGAAGUCUUCAUUCAACUGCCUUCUCGAAAAGAGCUUCCAGAAUAUUAUGAACUCAUUCGCAAACCAGUGGAUUUCAAGAAGAUAAAGGAGCGUAUCCGGAACCACAAAUAUCGCAGCCUAAAUGAUUUGGAGAAGGAUGUCAUGCUUCUAUGUCAGAAUGCUCAGACUUUCAAUCUUGAAGGAUCACUGAUUUAUGAAGACUCAAUUGUUCUGCAGUCUGUCUUUACUAGCGUGAGGCAAAAAAUUGAAAAAGAGGAAGACAGCGAGGGAGAAGAGAGUGAAGAGGAGGAAGAGGGAGAAGAGGAAGGAUCUGAAUCAGAAUCUCGUUCUGUCAAAGUGAAGAUUAAACUGGGCAGAAAGGAAAAAGUACCAGACCGAAUGAAAGGCCGCAGACGCACCAGCCGUGGGUCCCGGGCUAAACCCGUGGUUAGUGAUGAUGACAGCGAGGAAGAGCAAGAAGAGGAUCGCUCAGGAAGUGGCACAGAAGAUGACUAGGUGACAUUCCAUGAUGGAGACCUCAGGCAUCAGUUUUUCCAAAGCAGAGGUGCUCUAGUCCUUUAGCUGCAACGGGUAGAAAGAAAAGUAGUGUUGGAUGUGGGUAAACUGUAUAAAUUCUUCCAUAUUUAUACUGCAGUGAAGAUGUAGGACUUACUUGUGUCUUGCCUUGUCCUCACAUCAGUAGCGUUUGUAACAGCAUUAACUGUUGUUUUUUUUUAAAAAAAAAUUAUGACUGGGGGAACACUUGAUUUUUUUUAAAGGCAGUACUAUUUUCAGUUGCAGUAUUGAAUCACUGUAGUUUUAACCUGUGGGUGCAUGUGUGUAAGCAGUCCACUUCCUAGUACUGUAUUUUAUGAAACAGGUCAAACAGCCAGCUGCUCCCCCCAAAGCAAGGAGAGGGUGGCAGGGGUAACUGUGUCAGUGUCACUGGAUUUCAAGCAGUAAUAAAUUAAGCAAAACAAACAGUAAUAAAUUAAGCAAAACAAACAAACA